CUCACAAAUCCGAACAAACAUUGAUUGUUACACUAAUCUCUCGUAAUUUCUACACACUCUGAUCGCUAAAUGGAAACGGAGAUAUCGGGAAUGGAUAAUCCAGCUAUGACCUUCGACGAGGUUUCCAUGGAACGCAGCAAGAGCUUCGUUAAGGCAUUGCAGGAGCUCAAGAACUUGAGGCCACAACUUUAUUCAGCUGCUGAUUACUGUGAAAAGUCUUAUCUUCAUAGCGAGCAAAAGCAAAUGGUAUUGGACAAUUUGAAAGACUACACUGUAAAGGCUCUAGUUAAUGCUGUUGAUCACCUUGGAACUGUAGCUUCCAAGCUUACUGAUCUUUUUGAUCAGCAAAAUUCAGACAUAUCAACUAUGGAGUUGAGAGCUUCUUGUGUUAGCCAGCAACUGCUUACAUGCCGGACUUAUAUCGACAAAGAAGGUCUUAGACAACAACAGCUAUUAGCAGUUAUCCCAUUGCAUCACAAGCAUUACAUUCUUCCCAAUUCUGUGAACAAGCGGGUACACUUUAGUCCUCUCAGACGAACUGACACAAGACAGAAUCAUUACCAAGCUAUAUCCCGUCUUCAACCUUCAGAUGCCCCUGCAUCGAAAUCACUCUCCUGGCAUUUAGGCUCAGAGACCAAGUCUACCCUCAAAGGAACAUCCACGGUUGCACCAAGCUCCAAAGAUUCAAAAGCUUUCACAAAGACAUCUGGAGUGUUCCAUCUCUUAGGUGAUGAAGAAAACAUAGUAAACAAGAAGCCUUCGGCUGGUUCUCAGGUCUCAGGUGUUCCUGCUGCAUCCACUGUAACAAAGCAGACCUACGGUGUUGCCCAUAAGGAUUUGGAGGUUCCCAAACUUCUGACUGCUCACAGGUCACUUGACAAUAACCCGCGACGAGAGAUCAUUCAAGCUCCUGUCCGGACAAAGAGUGUUCUUUCUGCGUUCUUCGUCAAACAGAAAGCUCCAAAGCUCAAAGCCGGCUACGUCUCGUGAAAACACCAACUCUUUGUACUGAUAAGGAAUGUCAAUGUCAUACCACGUUUCAUCUUAAUAAUAAUAACAGGUUGAUUUUAAU